AUCCGGUGUUAUUCUGUCUAGCUUGACAGUGGCAGUGGAAGUGCUGCUGAACCAAGUUGCUGCUCGCUGGUGCCAACGCCCGGCGAAAUAGACAGCUAGCGUUAGUGAGAUACGGAGGGACACUGCUAACGUUUUGCCAGCUGAAUCAGAAAGCACAGAGAUGCAGACUAUCAAAUGUGUGGUGGUGGGUGAUGGAGCAGUGGGAAAAACCUGCCUAUUGAUUUCAUACACCACCAACAAAUUCCCCUCUGAGUAUGUACCAACAGUGUUUGACAACUAUGCAGUAACUGUAAUGAUUGGGGGUGAACCAUACACCCUUGGUUUAUUUGAUACAGCAGGUCAGGAGGACUACGACAGGUUACGACCACUAAGCUACCCACAGACGGAUGUCUUCUUAGUCUGUUUCUCAGUUGUUUCACCUUCCUCUUUUGAGAAUGUUAAAGAAAAGUGGGUUCCUGAAAUAACUCACCACUGUCCCAAGACCCCGUUCCUGUUGGUAGGAACUCAGAUUGACCUGCGUGAUGAUCCCUCCACAGUGGAGAAGUUAGCCAAGAACAAACAGAAGCCAAUCACUCCCGAGACAGCAGAGAAGCUGGCUCGUGACCUUAAGGCAGUCAAAUAUGUUGAGUGCUCAGCUCUAACGCAGAAAGGAUUAAAGAAUGUGUUUGAUGAGGCAAUACUGGCUGCCCUGGAGCCUCCUGAACCUAAGAAAAGACGUAAAUGCGUUCUGCUCUAAGUCUCAUCGCAGCCUUCUCUACACCAGUUUCCAAAUGUAGGUUAACAGUACUGAAGAGGUUUCCUGCACAAGCACAUUCCAACAUUAGUUUUGAGAUAUCAUGAAACAUUUGCCUUCUGACUGACUUAACGUGAAUACAUAGUCAAUGUGCUGAACGUGAUUUUAAGAUUGAGUAACAUUUGAUGCUGUUUGUGAUGAUUUGAUACCACUGAAACAGUCUUAACAUGAUGUGAACACUGAAUACUUAAAAGUAUGUCAACAAAUGGUGGGUAACCUCAUUAAAUAAUAUUUCAGUUUGACCACAUUAUGAUAAGAGUUUAUUUUUACAGAAGUGCUAUUCUGAAAAGAAGUGACUAUGAAAUAGUAUUUUAGUGGAUUUAACUGUUGUAUCUAGUGCCCUGUAAAACUCAAACAUGCUUAUAAUGAUGGGUUAGUGAGAUGCUCAGAUUCUGUAUUAGUGUGACCUACAUCUGUUUCUUACUUUUCAAGUCCUUUCCUUUUACAUUAAUCAUUUAUACUAUAUAUGUUCAACCCUGGCACACAAGACUGCCUUUGGUUGACUGUUGUCAGUGAUGAGGUAUCUAGCAAUAUAGAUCCAGCUAAAGUCAUGGAGUCAAAUAUGAUGUUUUUCCAGGCAUUUUUUUUAACAAUUGACACAAUUUUCAAAGGGUUAGCAGGAGUCACUGUGUUUCACUCAAUGUCAAUGUCAACACAGUCUCCUGGAAGAUCUAAGUACCAUCUGACGUAAUAUGACAUUUCUAGGCUACACUCCACUGUAGCGCUAGUUUGCCUAAAGAAAACCUGAUAAAUUGAUGCCUGACAAAGCAGAGAUCCACAGAGGCUGACAAACAAGUAGGAAAUAUAUGGAGCUUGAGUUUUAAAUACAGUGUAAACAGUCCAUUGGAAGUCAUCUAUCACGAAAAGUCACCGUCAAUAUAAGUAACUACACACAAGGAGUGUGAGCACAACAAUAUCCCAGUCAUUUAUUUUUUAUAAGACAUGAGUUAACGAGGUGAUGUAUGCCCUUAACACUUAUCAAAAGUUGCAGUACCAGAACUUUGUCUGAGCAUUUCAGCUUAUAACCCCAGGCUAAUUUCUUAUUUUGUAAACUGAACAUACUUGCUGUUACACUGUGGCAUCAUUAAGUCAGACAGCAACACAUUGUGACAGUUGUUAUAAAAUGCUAUACAUAGUUUAGAUCCUGUGAAGAUCGUCAAGAUGACUGAACUAGUACUAUUUGCAUUUGUCUUUUGCUAUACCCAUGUCUACACGAUGGGCUUGAAUUUGAUUUGUAAAUAUAGUGAGAAUAACUCAUAACUUAUUGACUGAAUAAAAUGUGUGCAUUACUGAUGCCGAGAUUUGAAGAAGACAUGACACUGAAAUCCAAUUAACGAGGAAAAUGACCACAAGGUUCUUGGACUGUUAAUGAUUUUUAAUCGAUUUGACAUCAAAGUUGUACUGUAUCUUGUUUGUGAUAAAGCAUCACAAUAAACCAGUAUUACCAGUAUUAUGAAUAAACCUAACUUCAAAUACUA